GCCAUAACACAUCCAUUUUAUGUAGGUUGGUUUGCAACAACUAGUGUUAUAAAAAGAAGUAGGAAAUUUUCAUUUCUCACAACUAGUGAAUAGUUAAUACAUGAACCUCAAUAAAGAAGAGAAAGUCUUCAAAUAAUUAGCUUCAAGUUUUCCUCAAUCAUAAAAGAAAAACCCAAGAGAUCUGGCUUCCUUUUUUGUUUUGUUUUAUUUAUUUUUUUGCUUAUUGUUUGUCCCAUUUUUCUUUCACUUUUGGACCAAAUCCCUACAUGAAGAAUUAGAAUCCAAUUUGAUUUUGAAUUGUUAAAUAAAAACAGCCAGCCAUCAAAAACAUUUAAGUUUAGAUCAUGUGAAAAGAAAUGCUUUUUUCUUGGACCCAAUGAUAUAACAAAAAAAAAAAAAAAACUUGAUCUUGUAAACCUACUUGAAGGCUUAAAUCAUUGAUGACGCCCAAGUCCAUUGGGUUUGACUUCUCUUCGUUUUUUAAUUCAAUCAAGUUGGGUUUGCUUUUAUUAGAAUACCUAUCACUUAAAAGGCCUUCUUUUUUUAUAAGAAUCUAUGAUUUUUUUUUUUUAUAUAUAUUUGAUAUUGGAGGAUUUGAAUUCUGAAAUUAAAAGUUCAGCAUAUCGUAUUGAAAUCAAAGGAUUUUGUUUAGUGCAAUUCUGGUGUGUUCAUGAUGUAACUCAUGGAGCUUCUUCUUCUACCCUACAAAGUGCAAAUGUUGUUCUCAUACAUAUGUACCAAGGAAUGACUGCAAUGCAAUGAAUGAAAUGAAAAACAAUUAGGGGAGUUGUUAAUUGAAUUAUUUUCUCACUCUUACGGCGCGAACAAGAAAAAAGAUAAAUAAAAUGAGAAAAGGAGGGCCAAGAAAGGGAGGGAACUACACAAAUCCAUGUUUAACGAUGCACCAGCCAUGGGCUUCGUUGUUAGUUCAUGGGAUCAAACGUAUCGAAGGCAGGUCCUGGGCUGCUCCAAUUAGAGGUCGCCUUUGGAUACAUGCUGCCAGUAAAGUCCCAGAUGAAGCUACAAUCAAAGCAAUGGAGAAUUUCUAUAGGGAAAUUUAUGCAAUGAGUGGAAUUACUGAUAUUGAGUUUCCAGAACAUUAUCCUGUUUCAAGACUGCUAGGAUGUGUUGAAGUGGUUGGCUGUUUGAGAUGUGAAGAAUUAGUUCAAUGGGAGGUGCUACCUGAAGGGGUUAGGCUAGAAGGACUAACUGAUUUUUGCUGGCUUUGUGAACAACCAAAGAAAUUGCUAGUCCCAUUUGAGAUGCGAGGCUACCAACGUGUUUAUAAUUUGGAAAAGAAGAUAUAUGAGGCAGCUGUUAGAGGUCUUGUCCCAGUUGAUAGUCCAGCGCCAGUAAAAUUUCCACUACCAAAUCCGAGAGAUCCUUUCUCCUUGAAGCCAGGAUCCAUUUCUGCAUCCAUUCUGGAGUCCGAAGCAUCUGCUAUUGAGAAAUCAUCUGGUCUCAUUGCAGCAAUAGCUGGUGCACGAGCAGCAGCUACACAGUUCUCAAAGGACCAAGAUUUUCCUACAAAUACCAUCCAGAAUAGUACACCUGAUUCAACAUUAAGUGAAACACAGACGAUAUUUAUAAAAGACAAUAGAAUACCUGAUAGUAACUUAAAGGAAGGAUCUAUAGAGGCAAAUUCAGCCUUAGAGCAAAACAACUACUUUGAGGAAGAGGGAAGCAGUAGUCACAGUCAACCUCCUGCACAUCCAAAACAGCAUCCUGGUGCCUCUGCUAAGAUUUUUGCUGCAGCAUUGAGGGGGCUGAAGCCAUCAUGAAUAGUUAACUAAUUCUUAGGACAAGGAGCUUGUAUAUUAACUAGACGUGUGUGGCAUAAGGUUUUCUAUGCUGAAAUCCAAGUAAAGCUCUUCAAACAGGCAUAUCGGAAGUGUUUUUCUCUCGUUAUUCUUUUCCAUUUGUAUGCAUAAUUCAAUUCUCUCUGGAUGUCUGGUUCUUAGGGCUUGAUAGUUGUCGUUGUUGUACUAUAAUAGGAUGUGCUGAAUUUUCAUGGAUUGUUGUAAUUUAUAGAUCUCUAAUUAGGUGCAAAAUCCAUAGACGUGACAAUUUAAAAUGAUAAUUUAAAAUACGAAAGAAUAAAACGACAUGAAUACGAUAUAAAUAAAAAACA